ACGCCGGCCUAUCUGUGGCUUCGCAGUUCAGCUCUCCAGCGAGCCGAAAUCGGUUUUGGUUCUUCUAUUUAUAGGCUUAGCUCUCAUAAUCUUUGUGAACGUUCACGAUCUUCUUGCUCAUCUCGCCGGCAUCGAUUACCGGUUGCCGUUGAUGAAAUUCGACGUCCAGCUCGGCCUCGUCGAGUUCGCCGUCCCUGUGGUUCAGAUUACAGCUACACUUCUCUAUUUCUUGGGGAUUCUUUUUAUUUUCAUUCAGGUGUCACUCUUGAAGAUCCUCACACUGAAGAUCUCAGUCAAGAAGUUAGAGGGUUCAUAUUCUCUAAAAUUCUGAUUUUGAUGCCGGUAUUCCCUGAGCAACUACGUUAUAUUCGUAAGAACUUGUUCCAUACAGUUUUUGUUGUGGAUUCUACCUUCAUUUAUGGACUUGAGGCAAUUGACACGAUUAUUUCUUUGUACGAGAAUAGUUUUCCUAUGAGAUUUGGGGUGAUAUUGUACUCAACAAAGUUUAUCAAGAAGAUUGAAUCGAACAAUGGAGAACUCCCAUUAGAUCCCGUGGAAAAUGACAGUGGGACAGAGGAAGAUGUGUCCAGUUUGAUCAAAGAUCAUACUCUCAUCCAUCACAGACACAUCCAACGUUUCAUGGAUUAUAGCAGAGUGGGAUGUACCAGAUUCCUUUAUCCAACCACCAAGGAAACCACCUGACCACUGCAAUUGAGAUACUAUCUAGCUGGAGUUACGCUCCUGUUACCGGAAUUAGGAUGCAAUAUAUGGUUAUCUGUUUAUUGCUUUGUGCCUUUUGGGCUCUUUAUUUCUUUCCUUUGCUUUGUAUUUCGGCCUAGCCCAACUUUCUUUCCAUUAGUUAGCUAUGGCUAACUUUGUUUCUCUACUUUUUUUGCAAUUCAACUUUAACUUUCAAAAAAAAAGAUACAAUUUUGUUUUCAAGUACACAUAAGUAACAU